GAUGUCCGCCUCGGUGGGGCCCCAGGGUGGCCCUCGCCCACCCACCGUGCCGCCAUCCAUGCCGGAUCUCCCGGACCUCAGCCAUCUGACCGAGGAGGAGAGGAAGAUCAUCAUGGCAGUGAUGGCUCGGCAGAAGGAGGGAAGAGGAGAAGAAGAACAAGCCAUGCUAAAAACACUGCACCAGCAGUUUGAGAGCUACAAACAGGAGGUGCGUCGCAUUGGGGCGGAGACGCGGCGUCAGCAGACCCAGCUGAAGGACGACGCGCCUACCUGCGGUAUCUGCCGCAAGACCAAGUUUGCCGACGGCUGCGGCCACCUCUGCUCCUACUGCCAGACCAAAUUCUGCGCUCGCUGUGGAGGGCGGGUCUCUCUGCGCUCCAACAAUGAGGACAAAGUGUGUCUCAUAGUGAAGGACAGGGUAAUGUGGGUAUGCAACCUGUGCCGUAAACAACAGGAGAUUCUCACCAAAUCAGGAGAAUGGUUUUCGGGGUCAGGGGUGCGGCCUGGGAGCCUGGGCACCUCCUUGAACAACCCAGCCACGGGAGGUGAGGCCCAACGGGACAGGAAGCUACUCCGCUCCAGGUCCCAAGCUCCGCCCUCCAGCACCAAUACCAACACAGGGCUGCCCGACGGGACACAGCCACCUGCCGGUGUCACUGCUGCCAAGGGUGCGGACACCAUGCCCGGCUCCCGCUCCCAAAGUGAACCACCUAGAGAAAAGAAAAGGCCAGUUUCCCUACAUGAACAAAAUGGAAAGGGAGGCAUGGGGCGUGGUAGUGGCCGGAGACCUGCUGGGAAGUUGCCGUCUCAGUCAUCCCUCGACGAGCGAGUGGUGCCUGGGGACAGAGGCGAGAGACGGUUAGGAGAUGGACGGAGGCUAGAGAAGAUCCAUUCUCAAGACUACGAGGAUGGGCAGGAGAACAUGGGUCGUUCAGAAACACACCGGAGACGCCCAGAGGAUGAGGAGCAGAGGGAGCGCCAGCGCCGUGAGGAGGAGUUCCAGAACCGUUACCGUAGUGAUCCCAACCUGGCACGAUACCCGGUGAAACCACAGAAGGAGGAGCAGGAGAUGCGCAUGCAUGCUAAGGUGUCCAAGGUCCGCCACGAACGACGACACAGUGAUCUGGCGAUCAACGAGGUCGGACUGGGGCCUGGUGAAGGAGGAGGUGGAGGCAGCGCAGGGCAGGUGCCUGAAAACCGUCUGGCCAGGAGGGGCGGAGGUGGGGAGGGAGACCGCAAGGCCGUUUUGGAAAACCACCGAGCCUACUCUGUGGAUAGGACCGUGGGGGUUGGAGGGGGAGCUCCACCUGCUGGAGGUGGAGUGAGAUCAGGACCCCAACCUGAGGGACCGGUGCCUCCAGACUGGGGCCCAAACAAACAAGGCCGCCUAGAGCCCGGUACAACACGGACACCAAGGGACAAAGGUGGGGAUAACCUGCUGAGGAAGGACUCUCAGAGCUCGGACCAGUCGGAGUCUCUGCGGCCGCCCCCUCCACGGUCAUACAAGAGCAAGCGCGGAGUCAACAAGAGGCAGAUGUCCAUCAGCAGCUCAGAGGAGGAGGGCGGCUCCACGCCCGAGUACACCAGCUGUGAGGACGUGGACAUGGAAAGCGUCAGCGAGAAAGGUGACUGGGACUGUCAUUCUCUAGAUCCUACAGUGUGGCACCAUCCAGUUACAUGGCAACCGUCCAAAGAGGGUGACCACCUAAUCGGACGCAUCACGCUAAGCAAGAGGUCGGCAAUGCCCCGUGAGGCUGGCUCCCUCCUCGGCCUAAAAGUGGUAGGAGGGAAGAUGACAGAGACAGGGAGACUUGGGGCCUUUAUCACCAAAGUCAAGAAAGGCAGCCUGGCAGAUGUCGUGGGACAUCUACGAGCAGGUGAUGAGGUGCUGCAGUGGAAUGGGAAGUCGUUGCCGGGAGCAACUAAGAAAGAAGUGUACAACAUUAUCCUUGAAUCCAAGGCUGAACCUCAAGUGGAAAUAGUUGUUUCAAGACCUAUAGGAGACAUCCCAAGAAUCCCAGAGUCAUCCCACCCUCCUCUAGAAUCAACAGGCUCCAGUUCCUUUGAGUCACAAAAGAUGGAGCGUCCCUCUAUAUCAGUGAUGUCCCCUACCAGCCCCGGGGCCCUCCGAGACCUUCCUCUGGUACUGCCUGGACAGCUCUCUGUGAAGCUGUGGUAUGACAAAGUGGGCCAUCAGUUGAUCGUCAACGUCCUUCAAGCCAUAGACCUGCCACCCCGACCAGACGGACGGCCUCGGAACCCCUACGUCAAGAUGUACUUCCUGCCUGAUAGGAGUGAUAAGAGUAAACGGCGCACUAAAACAGUGAAGAAGAGCGCUGAGCCCAAGUGGAACCAGACCUUCCUAUAUUCCCACGUUCACCGGCGGGACUUUAGAGAACGCAUGCUAGAGAUCACAGUGUGGGACCAGCCCAGAGUCCAGGAGGAGGAGAGUGAAUUCCUGGGAGAGAUCCUGAUAGAGCUGGAGACGGCUCUGCUGGACGACAUUCCUCACUGGUAUAAACUCCAGACACAUGAUGUGUCCUCCAUACCUCUGCCCCAGCCCUCCCCGUACCUUCCACGCAGACAUGUCCACGGAGACAGCCCCAGCAAGAAACUACAGAGGUCUCAGCGCAUCAUUGAUACAGAGUUUGAUGAUGGUUUGAUGGUAGUGUCUAAAGGUGCAGAGCGUAAUUCCAGGGAGAGAGAGCGAGGCAGUACGUUGGCUGUGCCUGAGCAGCAGCGGCCCGUCCAGCACCGCUCCCGCUCAGUGUCUCCUCACAGAGAGGACUCCUGCAGGGCUCGGUCACGGCCCGCACACGUGCCCAUGCAAAGGAGUCUGGAUGAGAUCCACCAGAACCGCCCCCACUCCCACUCCCCCUCACGCUACCAUGACUCCCACUUGGAGCACCAACGCUCCGGUGAUUCGGACUACGAGUACUCUGAGGACAGUGAGGUCCUGGAGAUGCACAGGUCUAUCCGGGGCGGGAGUGCCGAGUGCCUGCACACAAACAGCGACCUGCAGCCAUCGUUGGACAGAGUGAGGAGUGCCAGCACCACAUGUCUGAGACCAGACAGCAACUUUCACUCCCCUGACAGAGACAGAGCCCACCCUCAUGGCAGCCCCUCUCCAACGGGGACUCCCUCAUCAGGUCGCAGGGGCAGGCAGCUGCCUCAGCUCCCUGCAAAAAGCAGCAGCAUUGAGCAAGCCCUCGCAGUAGAGGAGCGAGCCCGACAGCUGCAGGUGAAAGUACAUUCCUGCCGGUCUUCAUCCUCCCACGACCCUGAGACGGACCUCAAGACCAAACGGGAGAUGUAUGCAGAACAGAGGCGUAGCAGUGACAACAUGUCGGCAAGAUCGUCCGACAGCGAUAUGAGCGAUGUGUCGGCCCUCUCCCGUGCCAGCAGUGCCUCCCGCCUCAGUAGCACCAGCUACAUGUCUAUCCAAUCAGAAAGACCCGGGGGACGACUCAGUCGGCAGUUACGAUCAGUGGGCCGCAGCAUGCUGAAGAGCUCCAGUGUGAGCGGAGAGAUCUACACCCAGGAGCGCACAGACGGCAGCCAAUCAGACACAGCGCUGGGCACGGUGGGCGGCGGCAGCAAGAAGAGGCGCUCCAGCCUCAGUGCGCGGGUGGUAGCCAUCGUUGGCAAUCGUCGCAGCCGCAGCACUUCACAGAUCAGUGGCCCCGAGGGGAAGAGUAAGAAGGAGAAGGGGGCACCCAUCCAACGGAGCACAGAGACCGGCAUGGCAGUAGAGCUGACCAGGAACAUGAGCCGACAGCCCAGCAGAGAGUCCAACAAUGGCAGCAUGAACAGCUACAACUCUGAGGGAAAUCUGAAGUUCUCUGGAGUGAAUCUGGGUGCCAGCAGUCAGUUCAGUGACUUCCUGGAUGGCCUGGGACCAGCUCAGUUAGUGGGAAGGCAAACGCUGGCUACCCCUGCCAUAGGUGACAUCCAGAUUGGUAUGAUGGAGAAAAAGGGUCAGCUGGAGGUGGAGGUCAUCAGAGCUCGGGGACUCGUACAAAAGCCAGGAUCCAAAUCCCUCCCUGCUCCAUAUGUCAAGGUCUAUCUGCUGAAUAAUGGAGCGUACGUAGCCAAAAAGAAAACCAAGAUUGCACGGAAAACACUUGACCCACUGUACCAGCAAGCACUGCUAUUCGAGGAAAGCCCACAGGGUAAAGUCUUACAGGUGAUUGUAUGGGGGGACUACGGCCGCAUGGACCAUAAAAGCUUCAUGGGGGUUGCACAAAUCCUAUUGGAGGAACUGGACUUAUCAAGCACAGUCAUUGGCUGGUACAAGCUGUUCCCACCGUCCUCCUUGGUGGAUCCGACGCUUGCCUCCCUGACUCGGCGGGCUUCCCAGUCGUCACUUGACAGUUCCUCCGGACCUCCCGGGGUCCGAUCCUAGUGGACCAACCGCUCUACGCCGCUCGACGAGAAACAGACUCAUGAAACGUACUGUAGAGAGAAACAAACAAACGAA